CACUGAUAUAAGGCCUUCGUGACGACAUACAUUCGAUAUUGGUGAAAAGAUGCGAGGAUAUGAACAACUAUAAUAUGUGGCUAUGCACUCGCAGAAUGAUGUUGUACAAAGACCAUCCUUGAAGUUCAGAACCACAGGUACCAUCCACAACACAGCCCUCUCAGCUUUACCGAUGUGUGGAGUUUUCAAAAGAUGUGAAUGCUGUACCACUAUCAUUGAGCAAAAGACAUUUGAUCUCAAAGAGCCUCAAGUUUCUGAUCACACGGUAUUGCGGCAAGGUUAUUCACCGACUCUGAUCGCCAUGAUCCUGUCGUUAUUCCAUUCUUUCAUAGAAAGUCUUUGCUACCUGAUUCGACAAUGCUAUACAGAUUCGCAAUUUUCCGUCCAUUUUGUAAGAAGGAUGGGGUAAUGUCGUUUGCGGCCGUCAUACCCCCACUUUCAGGCCGGAAUGACUGGCAUAAUAAGGCACUGUUACACCAAGCGAGAAAGCUGCUUUCUCCUACCAACAAACUUGGAUGUUAUACGAGGUUUCCAAAUUUUCAGUCCCUCAUGACUCCCAACUCAUUGAUACCAAGAGGGAUCAUUUCCAUGGUAACAAAAAUCUCAUACCAUGAAUCUACGAGGGUGCAAUUAGCCGAGUGAGAUCUUCCCCCUGGAAAAGGGCUGAGUGUUGCGUCUACUUCCGAUCACCAAGAUUUGACAUACACCGCAUCGUUUAAAGCUCUGCUGCUGAUGUGCCACACCUCCAACUACGACGAUGUUUUCUUCGAGACGUGGGAUUUCGCCAACUCAUCUAGCAGGCAUAAGCCAUUGCGGCUGUCAGAACAUUGCAACAUAAGGAUCAAGAUACAAGUAGAAGUCUCUCCUAUCGUAGAAGUCACACACUUCAAGCUCCGAUAAACAAGCUCUAGCUCUCAAGUUAUCUCACACUGUUUUAUGAUACUAGAUACUGAAAUGUUGGGCGCUGAUAAUAUUAUCGAUAUAACUUUUGGUGUUACAAGCGCCAUCCUCACGAUGAUAACUAUUUACUUGAUGUGUAAACACCACAAUUCUAGAGUUCCAGAACUUGAUGUCGAGCAAGGCAGAGACUUUAAACUCAAUCCAACUAUACCAAAUUCUGAUCCAGUUUCUAUUCCUUCGUACUCUGACUUGCGAUCCUUGCCUAUGACAUUGAACCAAGCCGUUGUAUCAUUUCCAAUUGCCCCACAACCAGAUAUCCUACCCAGCACGCCAUCUUAUCAGACUGCUUCUGAAAUUACGCUUGCACAACAUCAAAUUCUUGAGCAGACUAUACAGUCCUUUCCUAUCACGACGGAUAUAGCUACAGUGCCAGAUCUUCCUGGUUCUCACGCUUACUACCACUCACUCCAGUCUUUUUUUCUAAAUGAGAGUGGGUAGUCUAAAUUCGAAUGUUCGCGUCAUAUUAGCAAUGAAUUUGUGAAUCUGGCGUUUAGUAUCUAUCGAGUUGCAUUGUAGGGAGUUAAGAUAUGGGCUCGCGCCGGGAUACCCAUAUGAUGAUAGUAUACGAAAUAGAGUUGGGGUUACGUUUUUGUGGUGUUUUCAUUUGAAAUUUGGAUAAUUUGAGUUUUGGAUGCAGGGAGUACUUACGUUAAAUUUAUUUUCUUUUUUUUUUGCAACACAAGAUUUGAAAGGGAUAGAGAAGAGGGCGAACACAGAAUGUAUUAGAAAGAAGACGGAAUGAGGUAUAGCAGGGGAUAUUUAUAUCAGGGAAUUGAAAAGCGCGAAUUGUUCAGACUAAGCAUUUUGCUGAGAGCAGGAUAAUACGAUCAAUUGAAUGAUAUAUAGCCGAUAUC